AUGAGGCUGUCCCUGCUUCUGGUUUUCAUGUCUGUCAUUCCAGUUGCUGUUCAGCUGUUGGACACAAGGCAAUUUUUAAUCUAUAAUGAAGAUCACAAGCGCUGUGUGGAAGCAAUAAGUCCCAGUGCAGUCCAAACUGCAGUUUGUAACCAGGAUGCCGAAUCACAGAAAUUCCGAUGGGUGUCUGAUUCCCAGAUUAUGAGUGUUGCAUUUAAAUUAUGCUUGGGUGUGCCAUCAAAAACCGAUUGGGUUGCUGUCACUCUAUAUGCCUGUGACUCGAAAAGUGAAUUUCAGAAAUGGGAGUGCAAAAAUGACACACUUUUUGGGAUCAAGGGCGAAGACUUAUUUUUUAACUAUGGCAAUAAACAAGAAAAGAAUAUUAUGCUCUACAAGGGAUCUGGCUUAUGGAGCAGGUGGAAGGUCUAUGGGACCACAGAUGAUUUGUGCUCUAGAGGUUAUGAAGCCAUGUAUACACUACUGGGCAAUGCAAAUGGAGCGACCUGUGCCUUUCCAUUCAAAUUUGAAAACAAGUGGUACGCAGACUGCACAAGUGCUGGGCGCUCGGAUGGAUGGCUCUGGUGUGGGACCACCACAGACUACGACGCAGAUAAGCUAUUUGGAUAUUGUCCAUUGAAAUUCGAAGGCAGUGAAAGCUUAUGGAAUAAAGAUCCGUUGACUAGCAUUUCCUACCAGAUAAACUCCAAAUCCGCUUUAACUUGGCACCAGGCGAGGAAGAGCUGCCAACAGCAGAAUGCUGAGCUCUUGAGCGUCACAGAGAUCCAUGAGCAAACAUACCUGACAGGAUUAACCAGUUCCUUGACUUCAGGACUCUGGAUUGGACUUAACAGUCUGAGUUCCAACAGUGGCUGGCAGUGGAGUGGUGGCGUUCCAUUCCGAUAUUUGAACUGGUUACCAGGAAGUCCAUCAGCUGAACCUGGAAAAAGCUGUGUGUCCUUAAAUCCCGGAAAAAAUGCCAAAUGGGAAAAUCUGGAAUGUGUUCAGAAACUAGGCUAUAUUUGUAAAAAGGGCAAUACUACCUUGAAUUCUUUUGUUAUUCCCACAGAAAGUGAUGUGCCUACUAACUGUCCUAGUCACUGGUGGCCAUAUGCAGGUCACUGUUAUAAGAUUCACAGAGAGGAGAAGAAAAUCCAGAGAGAUGCUUUGACUGCUUGUAGGAAAGAAGGUGGCGAUCUAGCAAGUAUGCACAGCAUCGAAGAAUUUGACUUUAUCAUCUCCCAGCUAGGAUAUGAGCCAGAUGAUGAGUUGUGGAUUGGCUUAAAUGACAUCAAGAUUCAAAUGUACUUUGAGUGGAGUGACGGGACCCCUGUAACCUUUACCAAAUGGCUUCGUGGAGAACCGAGCCAUGAAAACAACAGGCAGGAGGACUGUGUUGUGAUGAAAGGCAAGGAUGGGUACUGGGCAGAUCGGGCAUGUGAGCGGUCCCUUGACUAUAUAUGCAAGAUGAAAUCACAAAUCCAAGGUCCAGGAACAGUGGAAGUACAAACAGGCUGCUGGAAAGGAUGGAAAAGACAUGGCUUUUACUGCUAUUUGAUUGGACGCACACUUUCAACAUUUACAGAAGCAAACCAAACCUGCAAAAAUGAGAAUGCUUACCUAACGACUGUUGAAGACAAAUAUGAGCAAGCAUUCCUGACCAGUUUGGUUGGAUUGAGGCCUGAAAAAUAUUUCUGGACAGGACUUUCAGAUAUACAAAACAAAGGGACCUUUCAGUGGACCACUGAGGAAGAGGUUCAGUUCACCCACUGGAAUUCAGAUAUGCCUGGGCGACAGGCAGGCUGUGUUGCCAUGAAGACUGGGAUUGCAGGGGGCUUAUGGGAUGUUUUGAAAUGUGAUGAAAAAGCAAAGUUUGUGUGCAAGCACUGGGCAGAAGGAGUAACUCGCCCACCAGAGCCCACAACAACUCCUGAACCCAGGUGUCCAGAGGAUUGGGGUACCACCCCUAAAACAAGCUUGUGUUUCAAGCUGUUUGCAAAAGGAAAACAUGAGAAGAAAACAUGGUUUGAAUCUCGAGAUUUUUGCAGAGCUCUGGGUGGAGAUCUAGUUAGUAUCAAUAAUAAAGAGGAGCAGCAAGCAAUUUGGCGGUUAAUAACGGCUAGUGGAACCUACCAUGAAUUGUUCUGGUUGGGACUGACAUACGAAAGUCCUUCUGAGGGCUUCACUUGGAGUGAUGGCUCCCCUGUUUCCUAUGAAAACUGGGCUUAUGGAGAACCUAAUAAUUAUCAAAAUGUUGAAUUUUGUGGUGAGAUGAAAGGUGACCCUGGUAUGCCCUGGAAUGAUAUUAAUUGUGAACACCUUAACAACUGGAUUUGCCAGAUACGUAAAGGACAAACACCAAAACCUGAGCCAACACCAGCUCCUCAAGACAAUCCACCAGUCACUGAAGAUGGGUGGGUUAUUUACAAAGACUACCAGUAUUAUUUUAGCAAAGAGAAGGAAACCAUGGAAAAUGCACGAGCAUUUUGCAAGAGGAAUUUUGGUGAUCUUGUUUCUAUUCAAAGUGAAAGUGAAAAGAAGUUUCUAUGGAGAUAUGUAAACAGGAAUGAUGCACAGUCAGCGUAUUUUAUUGGCUUAUUGAUCAGCUUGGAUAAAAAGUUUGUUUGGAUGGAUGGAAGCAAAGUGGAUUAUGUCUCUUGGGCCACAGGUGAACCCAAUUUUGCAAAUGAAGAUGAAAACUGUGUAACCAUGUACUCAAACUCAGGGUUUUGGAAUGACAUUAAUUGUGGUUAUCCAAAUGCCUUCAUUUGUCAGCGACAUAACAGCAGCAUCAAUGCCACCACAGUUGCACCUACCAUGACCCCAGGCCCAGCAGGUUGUACAGAAGGUUGGAAUUUUUACAAUAACAAGUGUUUCAAAAUAUUUGGAUUUGUUGACGAAGAGAGAAAAAAUUGGAUGGAUGCACGAAAAGCUUGCAGAGAAUUUGGAGGAAAUCUGGUAUCCAUACACAGUGAAAAAGAGCAAGCAUUUCUAACCUAUCAUAUGAAGAACUCCACUUUAAAUACAUGGAUUGGGCUGAAUGAUAUCAAUUCAGAGCACACUUUCCUUUGGACGGAUGGGCGAGGAGUUCAUUAUACAAACUGGGGGAAAGGUUACCCCGGUGGAAGAAGAAGCAGUCUUUCUUAUGAAGAUGUGGACUGUGUUGUUAUUCUUGGAGGCAAAUUAAGGGAGGCAGGAAAAUGGAUGGAUGAUACCUGUGACAGUAAACAAGGCUAUAUAUGCCAGAAACCUUCUGACCCUUCCUUGCCUAAUUCUCAAGCAACAGUUCCAACAAAUGGCUUUAUUACAUAUGGUAAAAGCAGCUAUUCACUCAUAAAAUUAAAGGUACCAUGGUACGAUGCAGAGAAAUAUUGCAAGGCUCACGAUUCCCUUAUUGCUAGCAUUCUGGACUCUUAUGAUCAGGCCUUUGUGUGGAUGCAAAUGCAAUCGUCUAGUGAACCUGUGUGGAUCGCCCUGAACAGUAACUUGACCAGUAAUGAAUACAUGUGGACUGAUAAAUGGCGCAUGAGGUACACUAACUGGGCUACUGAUGAGCCCAAACUGAAAUCGGCGUGUGUUUAUGUGGACCUUGAUGGCUACUGGAAGACAGCAUAUUGCAAUGAAAGUUUGCAUUUUCUCUGCAAAAGAUCAGAUGAAACACCUUCCACUGAACCCCCACAAAUGCCUGGCAGAUGCCCAGAAUCAGAGCACACAGCAUGGAUUCCUUUCCAUGCUCACUGCUACUAUAUUGAGUCCUCAUUUACAAGAACCUGGGGCCAGGCUUCUCUGGAAUGUCUUCGAAUGGGUUCCACUCUGGUUUCCAUUGAAACUGCUGCUGAAUCCAGUUUUCUGUCAUAUCACGUUGAGCCACUUAAAAGUAAAACCAAUUUUUGGAUAGGAAUGUACAGAAAUGUUGAAGGAAUGUGGCUCUGGAUAAAUGACAAUGCAGUCUCUUUUGUCAACUGGAACACAGGAGAUCCCUCUGGUGAACGAAAUGAUUGUGUAGCUUUAUAUGCAUCUUCUGGGUAUUGGCAUAAUAUUCACUGUUCUGGCUACAAAGGAUAUAUUUGUAAAAGACCAAAAAUUAUCGAUGCUGAACCUACUCAUACAUCAGUUACAACAAAAGCUGACUCAAGGAAGAUGGAACCUUCCAAACCGUCUUCCAGCAAGGCAGGAGUAGUGGUCGUUGUGAUCCUCCUGAUUCUAAUAGGCACUGGCCUCGCCGCCUAUUUCUUUUACAAGAAAAGACGUGUGCACUUACCUCAAGAGGGCACCUUUGAGAACACUCUCUAUUUUAACAGUCAAUCAAGUCCAGGAACUAGUGACACAAAAGUUCUCAUGGGCAACAUUGAACAAAAUGAACAGGCAGUCAUCUAG